CUUGUGUCUCCAUGCUUUGUAUUUGAGUUACUCUUGUUUCGUGAGAGAGAGAAAAGAUGUUUGCUUGUUUCUGUCUACUGUUCCUGUUCUUCAUUGAACGCCGGUUCUAUGGAGAAUCAACACCAUUUGGUAAGAAGUCGCAUAAGACGGCUGAGAUAUUGGGUUACCUGAACUCUCAGCAGGCGUUGGCUGAUUAUGCAAUCGUGAUUAGAAGCUUUAAGCAGAAUCUAUCAUCCGAGGCAUCACCUGUGGUUGUAUUUGGUGGCUCUUAUGGUGGAAACAGUUCUUGGCGCUUGCAGCGUGGUUCAGGCUCAAGUAUCCCCACAUAGCAAUCGGAGCAUUAGCAUCCUCUGCUCCAAUUCUUCAAUUCGAUAAUUGUGCCAUUAACAAGCUUCUAUGAUGCAAUUUCUCAGGAUUUUAAGGUGUUGUUACAAAAGUGAUGUUACAAUGAACUAAUUGUGAAUUAUUUACAAGCAGGAUGCGAGUGUCAACCGUUUCAAAGUCAUAAAGAGAAGCUGGGAAGAGCUAGAAGCAGUUUCCAACAUGAAGCAUGGCUUGCCAGAAGUCAGCAAAAAGUUGAAGACUUUCUUUUAGAUAGCAGAACACAAGAUAUGUAUGUUAUGAAACUAUAAAUAACAUAAUGUUAUGUCACUGAGUGGAAACAGGCGUGUACAGAGAUGGUGAUGACAAUAAGCUGCUCAAACGAGAGCAUGUUCCCACCGUACGAAAAUGACUUUGAGGCAAUUGAAGAACAGUUCAUGAGUAGAUGCGGAGUCAAGCCUACAUUGGAUCACCACAGAGUUUGGCGGGAAGAGAAUAGAGUCAGUGUUGAAGAGGUUUGGAAGGAACAUUAUAUUCUCCAAUGGAAUGCAGGAUCCCUAGAGCCGUGGAGGGGUACUGAAGAAUAUUUCGAGCUUGUGACCAAGAAAGGUGCGCACCAUGCGGAUCUCAGGGCAGCUACCAAAAGGCGAUCCGGAGUGGCUGAAAGAGCAGAGGAAGCAAGAGGUGGCCAUUAUAGAAAAGUGGAUCAGUGAGUAUUACAGAGAUUUGGAAGAAGAAGAAGACUAAGGUUAAGAAGACCAAUAGAAAGCCAAAAGUUCAUUGCACAAGAUUAGCAAACAAAGACUUUGUGUGUGUUUGUCAUGUAGUUUGAGAUUCAGUUUCAGAGUAAAAAAUCAAAAAUUGAUGUUUAUGAAACUAAACAAUUGUGAAGUUUUGAGCGAAAGAUA